AUGACAACCGUUAUACCUUGUGGUCCCUGUAUGUACGAUGAAACCCAUCAGAAUGCUAGAAAAUGGUGCACCAGUUGUGAAGAGGGUUUAUGUGAAGAUUGUGAGAAAACUCAUAAGAAAACCAAAACCUCUAGGAACCAUAAACUCAUCUCUAUUGAAGAUUAUCGGAAGAUAGAACACGUCCAGAUCCCCUUCACUUGCAGCGAACAUGACAAGAAAUUCGAGUGGUUUUGUAAAUCUCAUGAUCAAGCUAUUUGCGUGGUAUGUUUACCAACUGCGCACAGAUCUUGUCCCGAUGUCAUACCAAUAGAUGUUGCUGCUACAAAUGCAAGACAAUCCACGGCUAUAUCUGACUUACAGGAGGCAAUCGAGAUCACAUUGCGUAAUAUAACUCUUUGCGUCAACAGCAGAAAUACUGCCACAAAUGAUAUAGAAAAGCAAGAGAAAGAUAUCAGGACAAUUAUCCUAAAAAUAAGAACAAAGAUAAAUGGUCAUUUAAACGAGCUGGAAGAAAAGCUAAUGCAAACUUUGGUAUCAGCAACAAAAACAUACAAAUCAAGUAGUAACAGCCUUCUUCAACAGUUAAAUAUACUUGAAGAUAAGCUUAUCUCACUGAAAGAUCAAAUAUUGCAGAUGAAAGAUUUUGCCUCCGAACUACAAGUUUUUCUUGGAACGCGUCAAAUUGACAAACUUGUAAUGAGUGAAAUAGAAUCCAUUAAAACUGCAACUGAUGCUUUAUACGAUUACAAAUUCAACCUGGUUUUAAAUAGUGAUAUUCAGAGAUUAUCAAAUGGGGUGGUCAAAGAGUUUGGGGAAAUUCACGUCACUGAACAUGUCUCUCAUUUAGAUAUUAAAGAUCUAAAAAUAGAGCAGGCACAAAUGCCGAAAAACGUACAACCCCUGUGUAAUGUCGCUGGCAUUGAACUUCAAUUGACAACAAAGGUUGAAAUCAAGAAAGAAAGAUUUUUCCGUUUUACAGGUUGUGCUAUAUUACCUAAUGGACAUCUGUUGUUUGCGAAUUACACAAAUGAACAAAACCUAUUAGAGUACAAUAAAGAAGGUAACUACAUCGGAAGUAUUCCAGUGUCUGCUGCUCCGUAUGAUAUAACAGUGCUAGAUUCGGAUCGCAUUGCAAUCACAUACGGAUAUAACAGAUUCUUCGAAAUAUUCAAUUAUCGCAAUAGUCGGAUUGAAAAGAAGAUAAAAACCGAGGCUGAAUGCUGGGGAUUGAGUCAGUCAAAUGGUAAAAUUUUUGUCAUAUGUUAUAAAGUAGAGGUUUUUGACAUUACUGGAAAGAAAGAAUGUACGUUGGAUGCAGAAACCGACGUAUAUAUUUCUGCCUCAAUACACAACUUCUUCUGUUCAAACCAUUCAAAUGGCACAGUAUGUUGUUAUGAUAUGAAUGGACAAGUAGUAUGGAAGUUUCACGAUGAUUCCUUGGUCAAUCCAUUUUGCGUAGCAAAUGAUCGUAGUGGCAACGUUUUCGUUGUUGGUCGUAAGUCUAGAAAACUGAUACUUAUACAACAUGACGGGAAAUCAUAUAAAAACUUGCUUAAUUUGGAAGAAUAUUCUGCUCCAAGUGCUGUAUGUUACAAUAACGAUAAACAAACUCUACUUAUCUGUAAUGAAAACGGUGGUGCUUGUGCCUUGUAUAAAGUAUUGUACAAGUAA